CGUAGAUUUCUUGAUUCAUAAUGAAACGAACAUAUGCCAAUAAUAAUGCUGCAUUAUCGGGUAGAGUUGAAUCGUCCAGUUGUAUAGAAAAAUGGCUCUAUUGUUGCUUAAGGGAAUUCUUUUAAUGGUAUCAGAUGCAGGUUUGUGUAAAACAGUUCUUAAAACCUCUUCAACGGCUGGCAAAAUUAAUUUCUCUCCGAUAGUAUGCGGUUUUCCGGAUUUUGCUAUGAGUAACGAGAUAUUGUAAGACGCCCGCAAACCAUCAUCAUUUCUUUGUGACGUCGAAGCGAACAUUCUGUCCAGUGUAG